GCUCCAGAGAGGAAGUGUGAAUACACAGACGGAGACACAGCACUGAGUGCAGAUAUGCUGAAGUCGGGGUGUGUGGUCACGACCCUGCUCUUUUUUGUAAAAGAACUGAAGGAGCUGAAGAGAAUAUAAGAGCUCCAGAGAGGAAGUGUGAAUACACAGACGGAGACACAGCACUGAGUGCAGAUAUGCUGAAGUCGGGGUGUGUAGUCGUGACCCUGCUCUUUUUUGUAAAAGGUUCCCUUUCACAGCUGGAUAUAUGUGGUCUUGCACCUUUAAAUGACCGUAUUGUGGGGGGACAGAAUGCCCCAGAAGGGUCGUGGCCAUGGCAGGUUAGUCUGCAAAAAUAUGGCAGCCAUUUCUGUGGAGGAAGCCUCAUCAACAAAGACUGGGUUAUGACCGCAGCACACUGUUUCUCCAGCACUCGCACUUUCGGCCUGGUUGUGUAUUUGGGGAAACAGACUUUAAUUGGCUCCAAUCCGUAUGAGGUCUCCAGAGGUGUUUCAAAGAUCAUUCGUCACCCCAAGUACAAUGGCUUCACCAAUGACAAUGACAUCACUCUGCUGCGUCUGAACAGUGCUGUGACCUUCACAGACUACAUCAGACCAGUGUGCCUGGCCGGACAAGAGAGUAAUUUUCCUUAUGGCACCAGCUGCUGGAUCACAGGCUGGGGAAACAUUGCCUCUGGAGUGUGGUUGCUAUCUCCUGGUGUGCUGCAAGAAGCAGAAGUGCCUGUUGUUGACAGAAUUCAGUGUGAUAGUAUGCUGGGACCUGGGCUCGUUACUGAAAACAUGAUCUGUGCUGGAGUACUAGAAGGAGGCACGGACACCUGCCAGGGGGAUUCUGGAGGUCCCAUGGUGACUAAGCAGGGUGCAGUCUGGAUUCAGGCUGGUAUCACUAGUUGGGGUAAGGGCUGUGCUCUGCCUGGAUUACCUGGAGUGUACACUCUGGUGUCCCAGUACCAGUCCUGGAUUUCCAGCACCAUCAAACAAAAUCUGCCUGGUUUUGUUACCUAUACCCCUACACCUUAGGACAAGGUACUACCACAGACGAAGAGGAAGACUCGAAGCAAUACUGCUGGUUUUGAACCCUUUCUGUUUACCUAUGCAUAAGGUUUAUGUUGUGACUGUGACCCACAUGGGCAGUAUUGCUUUCCCAAUGAUCUAAGAUGUUUGAUUAUGAUAUUUUUAAAUCAAUAAAUCAAUAUUUGUGAAUAAAGAUUUUUUAAUGACUAUAA